AUGGUACGUUUCCCCCCACACCAGCUGGUUAAUAAAUUUAAAAAAAUAAAAAAAUUGAAAACAGCGUGGCCCUCUCUAAACCAAUCCGCUACGGGGCGGCAGUCACGUGGCUGGCGUAGUCACAUGACAAGCAGAAUGGCAGCCUCUCUGGAUACCGUGAAAGUAGAGUUUCCGUGGAGUAAACAACGAGUCCACGAACUUAUCGGGCUGUACGAAGAAGAGGAGGUACUCUGGAAUGUCAAAUGCAAGGAUUAUCACAACAAGAACCAGCGACAAGCCGCCCUGGAGCGGCUGGGUGUCAAACUCAACGUGCCUGUGAAUGAAGUAAAUAAGAAGCUGAUGAAUCUGAGGACCUACUACAGUAAAGAGCUGGCCAAGGUGAAGAAGUCGAGGCUGAUGGCAGGGGACAGCAGGGAAGUGUACCAAUCGCAGUGGCCCUUCUUCGAUCACAUGAACCUCUUCCUCAGCGCACAGGUCGUGCCCAGGAAGGCCACCAUCUCUGAGCUGGCUGAAGAGAAUGGGGAUGCUGGUGAUGACAAGGGUAGUAAGCCCUACAGAGAAGACUCCAACCUGGGGGCCAGCUCUGUGAUGAGCAGCAAACGGAAAGCUCCCAAUCACCUGGGCGCCCACAAGAAGUUUCGAGAGGGCCUGCUGCUCCAGGAGGCUGUCCAGGCGUACAAGGCAGCCUCCCUGCCCAACACCCCUCUCCCUGCCCCGCGCUUCGAUGAUGAGGAAGACAUUUUUGGGAAGCACGUGGCCAACGAGCUGCGGCUCGUCAGCAACCUGAGGGCCAAGCAGUUCGCUAAGCUGCAGAUCCAGAACAUCCUCUUCGAAGCGCAGUUCGGCUACUCCCAGCCGCCCCACUUCGUGUCGAGCUUCGAGUCCCCCGAGGGUCCCUCUGACACGGAGAGUGCCCCCGAUCUCGCCCGAAAAUGCCUCUUGUCCCAGAAGGAGAAGAAUCUGUCCCGCCUGUGCAGGGAUAAAGACCCUACAGAUUGAUACUUCACCUGUGUGAAGGUUUUUAAAAAGCAACACUGAAGGAACCGUCCUACCUCAAGUGUAAGAGCUGGCGACGAUGAGCGUUCAGUUUAGCAGGUUAUUAUGAGAAGCCUUUGGCUGCAUUCACACUGGGUCUGUUUCGUUUGAAACAAUGCAUCAGUGUGCUCGCUGCUCACAUUUAUCUGCGAGCAAAGGGACCAAGUUCGUUUAGAUGGGAGAUAAAGUUAGUUUGUUUGGUCCUUUUCCAACUUUUUUCAGGACCAAGUUUGUUUGUGUUCACAACGCAGUUUGCAAGUGCACUCGGUUCAUUUAUAUGGUCUGUGAACUGGAUGUUUACAAUAUCCUGCAAGGUAUCUUGAAAGAUGGCAGCUAUUGAUGUAGUUAUUAUUAUUAUUAUUAUUUAUUUCUUAGCAGACGCCCUUAUCCAGGGCGACUUACAAUUGUUACAAGAUAUCACAUUAUACAUUAUUUCACAUUAUACAGAUAUCACAUUAUUUUUACAUACAAUUACCCAUUUAUACAGUUGGGUUUUUACUGGAGCAAUCUAGGUAAAGUACCUUGCUCAAGGGUACAACAGCAGUGUCCCCCACUGGGGAUUGAACCCACGACCCUCCAGUCAAGAGUCCAGAGCCCUAACCACUACUCCACACUGCUGUGGAGUAGUGCUCUGUUUUUUUAAUAACUUGUUUUAGAUUAUUACAUGUUGCUGUGGAAGAAAGCACUGGGGGAGCACUUUUUAAUUCAUUUAAUGAAUACAUUUUUUGAAUGCCUUUAGUGCAGUAUUCAGUUACACAAUACUGCACGAUUGUUCUACUGUAGGCAUUAAACAAAGUCAUUUGUUUAAUUUUUGUGAGCUUUGUCCCAUCUUUGAUUUUGGGGUCUAACCAAAUUUUUAUUGGAGCUUCAGUUCCUCGCACUGUUCAUGUAGUUUAGGGUUACCACAUUUCCAGAGUGAAAAACUACAGGGACGUCUUUUUAAAUUUCCUGACAUCGUUAAAAUAACAAUAUAUGAUAAGACAAUCAUGAUUUAAAAAUUAAACAUCGGGUGUAUCUACUGCAGAUCAUAACAACUCCUUGUUUUCAUUGUCAUCUAAUCAAAACAUGUUAAAUGUACAAAAAUCCAGAUUAGAAGAAAAUAGAUUUUGCUAUUGCCGGUUAAACGUGUGAUCUACACAUAAUCAUAAGAUUGUUUUGUUUUAUUUGAAUGGCGCUAACACAACCUAAUACAUGUGCUGUUAACUUGCUGAGCACACUGGUGCAGUUUGGUACUUUUAAUACAAAUGUGAAUACAAUAACAAAACUGGGACAAGCUAACAAUUUUACUUUUUCAGACCAGGACAAAAAAUUAUCACCGAAAACAGGGACGAUCUGGUAACCCUAAUGUAGUUCCCCUGAGACAUUUCAAUUUUUGCUCUACUUGUUUCCUCAGAAUAUUAACUAAACUGCGCGCAAAAUGUUUAUUUCUGAUUUAAGGUUACCUUGUAUAGUUAGUUUCCUAUGUGCAAAAGGACUGAGUCCAGCAGUUAUUCACAUAAGAGAUUUAGCAACGGAACCAGACUUGUUUGCCAAACGGACCGAGACCACCUCUUUAGGUGGACUUGGCAUGGUUCGUUUCCCCAAGCAGACUUUGUUGUUCACACUUCACGCCAAACGUACCGAACCGUACCUAUUGUGGACCAAACCCCCUAAACGGACCCAGUGUGAACACAGCCUUUUUUUAAUCUAGACUUGCUGCGCAUUGUCAUGCUAAAAGGGAGCGGCUUAUCAGUACAACUUUGAUGGCAUGACUCUACAUCCGGUUGCUGUAGUCUGUGCUUCUAGCUUGUUUAAGUCCUUUGACCCUACUGGAGUUUAAAACUACGUUGAAUAUUGAUUCUUUGAGGAUGAGUUUGAAUACGUAAUCAGAACGUGUGACCCCCCCCCCCCCCCCUUCCUCCUCAAAUGAAAAGCAAAAGCUAGGUUAUACUUGGUCUGGUAUUUAUUAAGUGCACAAUAUUAUUUCCUGUAAAUCUGAAUUCAUAUAGCUCAUUAUUCCUCAUUAUUGCCCAAAUUGCUCCUGUUUUUGUUCAUCGUUACUUUAAAAUGUUUCCAAAAACAAACAUGAAACACACUGCAUACAGGUCACAGAAGUCUAAAUGUGUCUUUAUUCCAAUGAUUCCAUGCGUUUUUGCGUUCGCGUAUGUACAGUGCUGUUGGCUAGAUCUUAUUUUGUAUUAAAAACCCAUUGAAAAUG